UCUGAGCAGGCAGAGCAAUUGUGUUUUGCCCACACCCAGCUCAGACACAAUACAGCUCCCCAGAGUUACAGAAGUGCUGGAUCUCUGUGUAAAUCCCUUCGCAAACCUUCGCCAUGUUCCUUGCUAAAGCUUUGCUGAGUGGAGCGACUGGUAGUAGUCGUGGAGCGAACCUUGCACGUGGCCUUGGAGGUCUCCUAACAGGAGGUGGACAUGGAGGUAAUAUUGGAGGACUUGUUGGAGGUCUUGUCAAUCUGAUAAGUGAAGCAGCAGCUCAGUAUAAUCCAGAGCCACCUCCACCUCCUCACAACCAUUUCACAAAUGUGGAAGCUUAUGAGAGUGAAGAGAUCAGACAGUUUCGUCGCCAUUUUGCUCAGCUGGCUGGAGAUGAUAUGGAAGUGUCUGCCGGAGAGCUAAGGGACAUUCUUAACAAAGUCAUUUCCAAACAUCAAGACUUGAAGACAGAUGGCUUCAGCUUAGACACAUGCCGUAGCAUGGUAGCUGUCAUGGACAGUGAUACAAGUGGCAAGCUGGGCUUUGAGGAGUUCAAGUACCUGUGGAACAACAUCAAGAAGUGGCAGUGUGUAUACAAGCAGUAUGAUGCCCAUCAGUCAGGCACUGUUGGGAGAGCUCAGCUGCCAGACGCCUUGAAGGCUGCAGGGUUCCAUCUGAACGAGCAGCUCCGCCAGGUAAUUGUGCGCAGAUACGCCAACGAGGAUGGGAGCAUGGAUUUCAACAGCUUUAUUAGCUGCCUGGUACGACUGGACUGCAUGUUCCGGGCUUUCAAGUCCCUGGACCGAGAUGGAAGUGGACAGAUCAAAAUGACCAUGGAAGACUGGCUGCAGCUGACCAUGUAUUCGUGA